CUUCACGUCUUCACCGGCCAUAACGCACGUAAACAAGCCAAGAGAAAUGGAGACCGUGUCAUGGUGGGUUGGAGGCUUCCUCGGCAAGUACCCGGAGAUCAUGGUGUCGUUCGCUUGCUUCUUGUUCUUGCUGUUCUUCAGGUUUCGCCACCGGGACGGGCUGCCAACCAACUGGCCGGUGGUCGGCGCGUUGCCGGCGAUCACCGUCAAUGCCGGGCGCGUGCACGAGUGGGUCACCGAGUUCCUGCGGGUGGCGCCAGGGAUGUCGCACGUCGUCAGGGGCCCGUGGGGCUCGCCGGUGGACGUCCUUGUCACGGCCAACCCGGCGGACGUGGCGCAUGUCUUCACGGCCAACUUCGGCAACUAUCCCAAGGGCGAGGACUUCGCUGCCGUGUUCGACGUGCUCGGCGACGGCAUCUUCAAUGCCGACGGCGAGUCGUGGGCGUUCCAGCGGCGCAAGGCGCACGCGCUGCUCUUCGACCCAAGGUUCCGUUCUGCCGUCGCCGCGAGCACCGCGCGCAAGCUCGGUGAGGGGCUCGUGCCGCUCCUCGACGGCCUGGCGGCCACGUGCGAGGUCGUUGAUCUGCAGGACGUGUUCAUGCGGCUGACGUUCGACCUCACGGCGAUGUUCGUGUUCGGUGUCGACCCCGGCUGCCUCGCCGCCCACUUCCCUCGAGUGCCAUUCGCCGCGGCCAUGGACGAGGCCGAGGCGGUGCUGUUCUACAGGCACGUGACGCCCGUACCGUGGCUGAGGCUCCAGACCUACCUAAACAUUGGCCACGAAAGAAAGAUGGCCAAGGCUCGGCAGGUGCUCGACGCGUCUAUCACGGAGUUCGUGUCGCUCCGACGAGAGCGAGCGGCCCGUGCCGACACCAACGCCGACGGGACUGAUGCCGCUGACCUUCUCACGUUGUACCUGGCAUGCCAAGACGAGGUAGGCAAGGACGGAAAGGAGUUCGAUCGGUUCUUGCGUGACACAACGCUGAACAUCAUGGUCGCCGGUCGCGACACCACGAGCUCCGCCUUGACAUGGUUCUUCUGGCUGCUCUCCAAACACCCCGACGUUGAGGCCAAGAUCCUCGCCGAGCUCCGUGAGAACGCAACGUCUGGCGGCAUCGGCUGCCAACCCACCGCCAUCGAUCUGAAGCGCCUGGUCUAUCUGCACGCGGCGCUGUCGGAGUCACUCCGGCUGUACCCGCCGGUGCCGUUCGAGCACAAGGCGGCGGCGCAGCCAGACACGCUGCCGAGCGGCCCUGCGGUGUCGCGGACACGGCAGCUGAUCGUGUCAUUCUACUCGAUGGGGCGCAUGGAGGCGGUGUGGGGCAAGGAUUGCCUAGAGUUCCGGCCGGAGCGGUGGCUGACGGAGACGGGGCGGCUCCGCCACGAGCCUUCCUACAAGUUCGCGGCGUUCAACGUGGGGCCGCGGACGUGCAUCGGCAAGGACCUGGCGUUCACGCAGAUGAAGGCCGUGGUUGCCGCCGUCGUGCCGCAGUUCAGGGUCGAGGUGGCCGCCGGUGCAACGGUGCCGAUUCCCAAGAUGUCCAUUAUACUCCACAUGAAGGACGGGCUCAAGGUGAGGGUGCACAAGAGACAGGACGAUGCACUAAGUACAAUCUAGAGCUACGUACCUAUUCCCAAGCUCCCAAGUCUAAUAUACUCCAUCUGCAUAUAGCGCCUGAACAUGUCAGGUUAGCUUUAUUAUUGCAUGUACCAAAUAAUCGCCAGAAACGUGCUCUAGUUCACGUUGCGGCUUUGUCUGAGUGGUAUGUGAGAUUUGUUUCAUGUAAAUUUUCUUUCCUGUAAACGUGCGAGGACUUGGCCACGAUUGCGUCC